AUGGCUACAGAGCAAUCGGCUGCGGAGCUGAAGCAGCAAGGUGCUAUUGAAGCUGCUGGCAACCCCGACUCCUACGUUACCGCCGACGAUGCCCAGAAGAAGAUGGUCGAGGAGAGCAAGAAUGCCGGAGUAGCGGCAUUUUCCUUCGACCCCGACGCGAGCCCUGAAGAGAAGAAGCGACAGGCCAAAGCGGCCAUUCCCGACGAGCUUCGCCAUCACCGUCCAAUAGGGGUAGCUAUAGCUACUGACAUCGACGAUGGAACCAAAGCCGAAUACGCCCUUCCAUCACCUUCGAAAGCCGGAGCGCUUGAUAUUCAUACGGACAAGGAUGGCAAACCAGUUGCCGAUGGCACAGGUCCCGAAGGCGAAGAAGAAGACUUGGCGAGCAAAGUUGGCUGGACGCAACAGUACGGCUGGCCUUCCGAGAGCGUUUUCGCCGGCGAGAGCAUGCUGGAUCAUCAGACAUGGCUCGAAGGACAAGUCCCCGACAGUUACUAUGGUGAUUGGUACCAUAAUUCAGCCAUCAUCAUCUUCGCCUGUAUCUCCUCCUGGCUCAUUGCCGUACUUGGUGGCGGCUUGGCCUGGGUAUUCAUCAUCAUGGCCAUCUGCUCGACGUAUUACCGCACAUCGAUUCGACGAGUUCGGCGAAACUUCCGCGACGAUGUCACUCGAGAGCUGGCGCUGAAGAAGCUAGACACUGACGAGGAAUCUUUGGAGUGGAUCAACUCGUUUUUGGUCAAGUUCUGGCCCAUUUACCAACCAGUCCUCGCCCAGACUAUCAUCAACUCGGUUGACCAGGUCUUAAGCUCCGCCACCCCGGCUUUCCUUGAUAGUUUGAAGUUGAAGACGUUCACUCUCGGUUCUAAGCCACCGCGUAUGGAACAUGUCAAGACCUACCCCAAAGUUGAAGACGACACUGUGGUCAUGGAUUGGAAAUUCAGCUUUACCCCAAACGACACUGCCGACAUGACGGCGCGCCAAGUCAAGAACAAGAUUAACCCAAAGAUCGUCUUGGAGAUUCGAGUAGGCAAGGCCAUGAUUAGCAAAGGACUCGAUGUCAUUGUCGCGGACAUGGCAUUCUCGGGGACCAUGCGUCUCAAGAUCAAGCUUCAGUUCCCUUUCCCACACAUUGAGAAGGUGGAGAUGAGUUUCUUGGACCGACCUGCGAUCGACUAUGUUUGCAAACCCCUCGGCGGGGAUACUUUCGGCUUUGAUAUCAACUUCAUCCCUGGUCUGGAGAGCUUUAUCCUCGAGCAGAUCCACGGUAACCUCGCUCCUAUGAUGUACGCUCCCAAUGUCUUCCCUAUCGAGGUGGCGAAGAUGUUGGCAGGAACACCCGUCGACCAGGCCAUCGGCGUGGUUGCCGUGACGCUGCAUGGUGCUCAGGGUCUCAAGAACCCGGACAACUUCUCUGGGAACCCCGAUCCGUAUGCUGUAUUUACUUUGAACAAGCGCGCACCUCUCGCCCAGUCGAAGACCGUCAAAGACACAGGCAACCCGCGCUGGAACGAGACGCAUUACAUCAUCAUAUCGUCCUUCAACGAUUCCCUUGACGUCAUGGUCUAUGAUUACAAUGAGUUCCGCAAAGAUAAGGAACUCGGUGUCGCUUCAUUCGCGCUUGAGCAACUGGAAGAGUUGAACGUGUUCGAGAACGAACGACUGGAGGUCACUGCAAAUGGAAAAGCCCGUGGCGUCAUUACUGCCGACUUCCGCUUCUUUCCGGUGCUGGAGGAGACGAAACUACCUGAUGGCACCAUCGAACCUCCGCCAGAGUCUAACACCGGCAUUUUACGAUACACUGUUGAGCAGGCAAAAGACCUAGACGGCACGAAGAGCUUGGUUGGCUUGCUCAACCCCUACGCUUGUCUGCUAUUGAACGAAAAGGAGAUUCACACGACAAAGAAGCUCAAGCGCACAAACAACCCAAUCUGGGAUAACGGCUCGAAGGAAAUUCUCAUCACCGACCGUAAGAAGGCUAAGUUGGGUCUGGCCAUCAAAGAUGACCGUGAACUCUCCGGAGAUCAGGUCAUCGGUACCCACCAGAUCAAACUGAACGAUAUGUUGGAGAUGAUGGAACAAGGCAAAGAUUGGUACAACCUCUCAGGAGUGAAGACAGGACGUGUCAAGAUCACGGCACAAUGGAAGCCCGUUACGCUGUCUGGCGUCCUUGCAUCAAGUGGAGGCUAUCAGACGCCAAUUGGCGUUAUGCGAUUGCAUUUCAAGAGCGCCAAAGGGCUUCGCAACCUCGAGACCAUGGGCAAAUCGGAUCCGUAUGUCCGUGUUGUGCUGUCAGGCAUUGAGAAGGCCCGAACCGUCACCCACCGCAACACGCUUGAUCCCGAAUGGGACGAGGUCCUGUACAUUCCGAUGCAUUCUUCCCGCGAUCGGUUGCACUUGGAAGUCAUGGAUGCCGAGAAACUGGGCAAGGAUCGCAGCUUGGGACUUAUCGAGCUUCUCGCCAGCGAUUACAUUCAGCAGGAACAGGAUGGCGAGUAUCUUGUCCACGACAUGAAAGAAAACCGCCAGGACGGCCUUCGUCUGCAUGGAAAGGGCGUCGAAAAGGGUAUUCUCAGCUACAAUGUUGCGUUCUAUCCCUGCUUGAAUAUUGCCGAUCCGGAUGAUGAAGAGGAAGAAGAGGAAGAGGAGCCGACCGAAGCGGCAAAACAGAGACUUGAUGUUCCGCGAUCCGCAGACGCUGGUAAAAUACCUUCGCUUGACAGGAGCCUUGAGAAGGAGCCAACUACACCCGUCUCGCCUACGAUGCCAAGGUCUCCAACAUCCCCAGCUUUCUCUACGCCUGGCAGAAAAUCUCGGGACAUCCCAAGAGAGGCUCCCAAAAUCCGCCUUUCGCCAGAAGAGCUUCUUAAGCACGAGUCUGGUUUCCUCAUUUUCAAGCUUAUGGAGAGCGAGAUGCCCAAGAGUGAUACUCACUUAGAAGUGUACGUUGAUGAUAUGCUAUAUCCCUCGUAUGUAUCUGGCACCGCAAAGAACAAGGUGUUCAAGUUCGACGAGCUUGGCGACUGUUUCAUCCGUGAGCUAGACUUUUCUCGGCUUACUCUCAAGGUGAGAGAGAAGCGCGAGAAGCCUGGCGAGGAGAGAGACGAAGACCACACUGUGGCUCGUUUGGCAGGCAACACGCUGGAUACUCUCAAGCAAUGUCUGAACAACCCAACCGUGCUCAAGCUCAAGGACGAAGAGAACAGGACCGCGACAGUGAAGGUCAGCUUGAAGUAUAUACCUGUCAAGAUGCGACUUGACCCCAGUGAAAGUAUAAACAACAUGGGCAACCUGCGCGUCGACAUUCUUGACGCAGCAGACCUGCCCGCUGCCGACUCUAAUGGCAAGAGUGAUCCGUACGCGAAGUUUGUGUUCAACGGCCAGGAUGUGUUCAAGACCAAGACUCAGAAGAAAACGCUCCACCCAGUCUGGAAUGAGUUCUUUGAGAUGGCUGUUCCGUCUCGAACCGCUGCCGAAUUCCAUGUCAACAUUUAUGACUACGACUUUGCGGACAAGCCUGACUUCCUAGGUGGUGCCGACAUAAAUCUUGAGCAGCUUGACCCCUUUCAGGCCAAGGAAGUCAAGUUGCUCCUGGAUGGGAAGUCCGGCUCAAUCAGGUUGCGGCUGUUGUUCCGACCUGAUUACGUAACUCGUUCCCGCAUGGGCACGUCGACGUUUUCUGGGACUUUUAGUGUCCCAGGUAGAAUUGUCACCGGUGUGGCAGGUGCUCCGAUCAAAGGAGGGGCAGCUGUUGUUGGGGGCAUCGGUCAUGGAGUUGGCAAAGGUGCUAGUUUCAUCAAGCGUGGCUUCAAGGGCGGUAAAAAGGAAGAUGAUCAAAACGGGACUCCCAUCACGCCCAGUGCCCCAGACAUUCCGGCUAUCGUGACUAACGGCGAGUCACCGCCUCUAAUGCCCGCUCCUAUGCUGAAGCGCCCGACGACUGGAGUUGGACGUGAUGGCGCCGAAUCGCCGGAAAGCCCACCCGGCACGGCCAACGGCAACCGGCAUCAUCGUGCGCCAAGUAUGGGUGGUCUUUCCGUUCACAGUCUUGCACCUGGCAGUGCUGGCUCGGGCACAGCAACAUUCCUGGUGGUGUCGGCAUCAGGCUUCCCGCCCUCUGCGGAUGUCUAUGUGACCAUUCGGCAAUUAACGCCUAAGGAACGCGCAGUGGGCAAGACAAAGCACCACAAGUCGCCUCAGGGAUUGGUACGCUUCGAUGAAACCUUCAAACACACCUGCAAUGCCGACACGCAAUUCCGCAUCGAGGUCAAGGACCACAACACGUUUGGCAGCGACGAUGACCUCGGAGAGGCUCUGUACUUCGUUGAUGACACGGCGUCGGGCAGUGAGAAGGAGAUCAAGGUCGGGUCUGGUUCGGUGAUCAUGAAGAGCUCGUUCGUGGAAACCCAGGCCGAAAGUCCACGUGCAGGGAUUAGGCGGUCGUUCCUCAGCAAGAGGGAGACGCGAGGCAGUCGUGAGGUCACGCCGAGUUAG